UCAGGCAGCAGAGGCCAGAAGACCAAGAGAUCCCCAUCGACACUGAGAAGGCCUCCACAGAAGCCUCGGAGUCUCCUCACUCGAGAUAUACGCGAGGAGCAGGCUGGCAGGGUGCAUAAAGGGCGGCUGCGGCUGCAGACAGACCAGCUGUCCCAAUCAGAGCUAGAAGCAACCAUGGCUACAAAGGAGCAGCAGACCAUAGUGAGAGCAAGAGAAUUUAAGGACCCCAAAGCUACCCAACCAUACUGGUCAGACCUGGAUACCAAGUCUCAGAGCAUUCUGACUGAUGACAGUGUGGCUCCUCUGACACCCCGGCAGCUGGCAGCCUUCCAGGAUGUCUUCAAACUGUUCAGCUGCAGUCCAACGGGAACCGUGGACAUGCAGAGCAUGAAAGUCGCGCUGCGCAACGUGGGGAUCCAGCUGGGCCCACAAGAGAUGUGUGAGGCUCUUCGGCUGGCCGACUUGGAUGGUGAUGGAAUCGUAAGCUUCAAGGACUUCCUGGGUGUCCUCACUGACAACCACCUUUUGGCUCAGUGCAUAAGCCAAAUGAGGAGCAAUCGGGUCUUUGAGCCUCCGGGCCUUCAGACCCUGCUCCUCGAGGUGCUGUUCAAGUUGCUGAGGCAGGGCUUUGUGCCCUCCAAAUCAGGUCAGGAGGUGACAAGCUACUAUUCCAAGAAGCAGCGGGCUCUGCGGCUGAACACACACUUUAAGUGCCGGGUGCGCAGCCAGGGUCGGCCUGUGCGUGCACACACGGGUCUCAACUACUUCUGCCAGGCAGCGCGUCUCAGCGGCCUCUCCAGCACCCAGCUAGCGCGUUCCCUGCACACUCUGUACAGAGAGGGUGGGCGCAGCCCCUACUCUCAGAUUCCCAAUCUGGCCACGCGGUCGCGACCAGAUCGCAGGAUCUCGAACCGAUCCCCAGGCCCCGACGUUCGCCUCCCCAAGCCCCAUCAGCCAGGUCGCCCCAAGUUCCCUCCCAACCUGGGACCACUCAGCAAAGGUCCCCUCCACCCUCACGCCGGGCUAGUGAGCCAGCCACUGGAGCAAAUGCGCCCCGCGAAGCUGGCUCCCUCACCGACAACUCUAGUGCAGAAGCACCCCUCCUCCCCUUCGCCAGCCUGUUUCCAGAGAUGUGCUAUGAAGAGCUUGUACAAGUAAAACGUUUGCUGAGCGAAACUGGCUGCGCCUGGUGGGGUCGGGCACUGAGCCGACGCACAUCUUUUGCAAACAUCUUUAUUAAUCUUGUAUAAAAAUAAGGUCCAAGGAGAAUCCUCCGGGCUAGGGCGGCGGCGAGGUACACUUUGUAAGUUACAGACCAGGCUCGCGCUCAGGCUAAGUAUGGCUAUUGGAGGGCGAGGGUGCUGCGAGCUGGUGGGGUGAGGGCUUUCAAGGCUUGUAGUCAGCCAGAGGAGCGGAUGCUCGACCCAGCCGAGCUAAGGACCACCUUCCUUGAACUCCAGCCUGCCUACAGAUCUACAGAAUCCACCAGCAGACACAGUGGCUACAGCGAGAGGUCAGUAGUGACCUGCAGUGGGGGUCCCGGGAGUCGCCGGCGAGCACUUCGGCGUCCUGUGUCUGUGCGGAUAUAGGGCUGGUUCCGAAGAUCUGGAAGCCAAAAGGGACACAUUGGCCCAAGCUCCAGAACACAGGCUCACUUUUCUAAGGAUUUGAUUUUGUGCACGUGGAAGGGGACACUGAUUUACCUCAGCCAGAAACACCACCCCCUAAAACAUGGGAGGCAUGUCUGGCCCCCCCAAAUUCCCAAAGUUGUGCCAGCACUGGAAUCACAGGCCGGUCUAUCUAGGUACCUGGGAACUAGAGGGGCAUCUCCUCUCCCAGGCUGGCCUCACAGAGGAGCCGGGAUGUCCGCUUGCCGGUGCGGGCGGUGAAGGGCACUGUCUUGAGCACUGAGAUUUUGGAGAUAGAAGGUAGAAAGAGAGAAAACAAAAGAAAUACAGAAAAGGUAGCAAAAGGCAUGGCGGACAGGCACAGUGGCGCACGCCUUCAAUGCCAGCACUGCAGAGGCAGAGGCAGGAGGAUCUCUGUGAAUUUGAAGCCAGCCUGGUCUACCUAGCAAGUUCCAGGCAAGAGGAGUUGCCAGGAGGCAGCAGAUCCCUCCGAAUGGGGGAGAAACAGAAAGAGAAUGACACAAUAGAGGCUGAAGACAGAGGUCUGGCUAUGUAUGUUCUCACCUGUGAUAAUGUCUUCGAUGGCCCCAUCUCUGUCACUCUCGUAGAUGAGUGGCUCUUUCUGCUGCUUCCGUUUCAGCUCAGAGAUGAGGUCCAUCUGUUGUCGCCUGGCCUUGGGUGGAGACUGAGGAGAUGAACAACUCUAACUUUAGGACACUUCUCACCCCACCUACUCUGUGCAGUUCCCCACAGCAAGGACAGGCAGCUAACGCAGACAUAAACCCACUCUCUCCCUAGCUUCUGGGGCACUGACUUUAUCCUUGGGCAGGAUCUAUCUCAACACUUGAAGGUGUAGGGGUGAGACGUGAGAGUGAAAAGGAUGUGUCCCCCAGUCGCAGGCUCGGGGACAGCCACCUGCCUACCUUGGGUGCCGGAGGCUCUUCUCUGCCGGAAGUGUCCACAGCUGCUUCCUUCUUCCACUGCUCCACCUCUUGCUCUGCUUUCUGAGGGCACAAGGCAGAUCUUGGUAAGGACAGCCUUUCCUCUUUCCCUGUCCUACCUGGGACGGAAGUGGUCCCCACUCCUCCCUCUGCUGUCAGGGAGAGGCCCAUCAGACACUUGUACCUUGUAGGCCUUGGUGAAGCGGCUAAAGAGGGGAAAAAACACGGAGGGGGACGUGGUCUUGGGAUUUUCUCCAAAGUACUCGACUACCGACUCGUAGGCCUCCUGCAAGGACAACCCCAUCAGCACCACUAGCUUGGAGCCUGACCUAGCUCCAUGCCCCUUCUUCCACACAGGGUGGUCCCUUACUCCUCCCAGAGUUCUGUCUGUGGCCACACCCCUCCAGGCCCUGGCUCCACCCCUCCACCCCAAGGCUUCAGUGCUCCCGUGUUCCCCCAACCUACCUGAGCUGUCUUGCUGUCUGCCAGCAGCUUGUCCAUGGUAGGAGAGUUGGCCCUCAGGAACUCCUUGAGCACCACGCAGUCAUCCUGCCGCACAAACUCUCGCUGUGUCAACUCCAGGCCUCGCUGCAGGGAGCGCACAUCCCCCAAGACACUAUCCAGGGACACUAGAAUGGACAGCAUGGCGUCCGGGGAUCAGGCAGCAUGCCCACAGUUAUACCCUGUAGUAUCCCUUCCUAACUCCUAUCAGUGGCUCAAGACCCCACCACCCUGUACCUGAGCCUGCCUUGUCCAAGAAGUGCAGGUCACUAUGAAAGCCCGUGAGCUGAGGGUACUUCUCAGCAAUGACCUUCACCAAGUAGUGCAAUAAUGUCUGUUUUCGGUCGGUCGACUUCAUCUCCAACAACUGGACAAGGAUAUGUUAUAAGCCAUGGGCCACCAACCAGCCCCAGCCCCCAGCCCCCAGGCCAGGAGCCCCUUCUCACCGCAUCCAGACUCUGAAGUCGGAAACCAUAGGCUGCCCCGCGCUUACUGCUGUUCAUGUAGUUGCCAAAAGCCAGGACAAUCUGGGAAAGCCAGAGAAAGAAUGAGAUCCAGGCUGGAAAAAUCCCUUGAAGAAUACAUACUUCUCAGAAUGGAAAAAAGGUGGCAAGAAAUCAGCCCUCACACUCGGGCCUUCCUGAAUGGACCCUUCAGUUCCAUGGCACAUGCAACCUGUGUAUACAGCUCGUGUGUACGCUGUUAACACCAUGAGCAUACUCUAACUUCAUCCUCUCUCAUUCCACCCUAAAACUGGCUUGCCAACACCUCCCCCCUCAAACCCUUGAUGGCCAUGUAUUCUGGUCUGCAGAGACACCACUGAGUAGGUGCAGUGACCAUAUCGCUCACAAAGCAAUCCGUAGACUGACUGAGCCCUGCAGCAGGAGCUCAGCCACACUAUGCAAGCAUGGCUGACAUUGAUAAUGUCCCCCUGCACCGCCCAUCUUAGCUUGGCUAUCAGAUCAUGCAAGUGAGAAACAGAAACAUCAUCUUUGCUAUAUCCCAGGUGGACUAGGCCUGAGUCUCCCUUUUGAUGCUACUUAGACUAGGCAAAGGUAGGCCCUGCUUCCCGGGGCCCUCGCCGUAGGCUCUCACCUCCAGGAUCUGGCGCAGCUUGUCAGAGGACUUGAUGGACAUUGAGGCUGCGAUGAUGGCGUUCAGUUGCUAAGCGUGGGGUGAAGAGGAAGUGAGCUGAGCUCAGAGAAGCUUCCUCCCUUCCCCCAGCCCAGGCUCCACCACACCACCCUGCCCGUCCUGCCCACACCGGCAUGAGCAGCUGAGCCGUGUCUGGAAAGUUGCCCAGGAAGGUGAGGGUGUUCAUGCGCUCGGGCAGUCUCUGGAUGCGACUGAGGCGCAGCAUGAACCGGUCCUCCUCUGACAGCUCCUCCAUCGGCCGCCGUUCCUUCUCAAAGCGGGCUAUCAGGCUACGCUCGUACUCUGUGGGCUGGAAACGGGUCAACAGCUCCAAGAAAUCCAGGCUCAGAGUCUGUAGGUCAUAGCUGCAUGAGGAAACAGGGGGGAGAUUGGGUGCCGCCGCCCCAGAGAAAAGGGCUGAAUAAACAAUCGUCAACA